AUGGGUAUUUUCAAAUCCAACUUCGAAAAGCUCCUGGACAAAUGCACCGCCAACACUUUGCUCGAACCAGACUGGCAGGCAAUGCUUCAACUUUGCGACAUGAUCAGAGGCAACGAAAUCAAAGCUCGAGAAGCAGUCUCUUACAUUCUCAAAACUUUGAAUCACACAAACCCAUACCAGCAAUUCUAUGGCUUUUGCGUCCUUGAUACUGUAGUAAAAAAUUGCGGCCCGCCGGUUCAUCAAGAAGUGAUCAAACAUGAGCUGUUGGAGCAGUUUAGAGAUACUGUCCAGAAAGGAAGCGUAUCAGAAGAUGUAACCAAGAAAAUCCUGGAAAUGAUCCAGCUCUGGGGGAUAGCAGGGCGCACCAAAGCCGAGUUCAAAGUCGCCACAGAUGUUUUCAACGUCAUGAAAGCGGAAGGAUACGAUUUCCCAGAGUUACAAGGAGACAACGAACUUAUUGUCGAUGCAGCUGUCGCCCCUGUUUGGAAAGAAGGGGAUGAGUGCUUCAACUGCAAGGCAGCCUUCACAACAUUCAACAGAAAACAUCAUUGCCGAGCCUGUGGAAAUAUCUUCUGCGAAAAGUGCUCAUCAAAAUCAUCAACCAUUCCAAAAUUCGGCAUUGAAAAACCCGUGCGUGUUUGUGACUCUUGCUACGAAUCACUACAGGGUCUUCGAGCUUCAUCAUCGCGCAAUUCCAACAGACGAGUGACUUUCGAGGACGAGCAUGCUUGGCAGAAUAACGAAGCCGCUGCUCUGGCGCAUUAUGCAAAACGCUCUCAACAAAAGGAAGCAAAAGCUGCAAGCAGGCAGAAAGCCAAAGAUGAGGAACUGCGCCUGAGAGAACAAGAAGAGCUAGAAUUGGCUCUUGCACUGUCGCUAGACGAAGCGGAGCAGAAUAAAAAAGCCAACAUUGAAGCAGCCGCCCCGCCACCUUCCUAUCCGGACGAGCUUCAGCGAACAGAAGAGACUGAAACACCAGAGGAGGCGUUGCCGAACCUUGAAGCAGAAGACGACGAAAACCUCCAGAAAUACCUCGAUCGAUCAUAUUGGGAAGAGCGAAACAAAGCCACAGAAGAAGUUCCUCCUUAUUCCGAAGAAUCGCACCCAUCUGUAGAAAACAACGAAGCAACGACUGGCACCACGAGUCCAGAUAUGAAAGAAUUUGUCCUCCAGUCCGGUGAGAGCGAGGAAGAUAAGAAGAAGAAGGAAGAAAAGGCAAAGUUCUUGAAGAAUUUGUCCGCUUCUCUUGAUAUCUUUGCCAACAGAAUGCGAGCUAACCAAGCGCGAGGAAAGCCGAUUGCCAGCGAUACAACUGUACAAACUCUGUUUCAACAAGUCUCAAAUCUUCAACCAACUCUAUUGCAGCAUAUGGCAGAGGCCGAAGAACGCCGAACCCACUGGGAGCAGCUCAACGACAAGGUGACUAUGAUCCACGAAGCAAGAAACGCGCUCAAUGCGCUGCGAACAGAGCAUAAAGCCGAAAUGCGGCGAAAGGCCGAGGAGGCCGAACGUCAGCGACAGAUUCUACUUGCUCAAAAGUUGGAGCUGAUGCGUCAGAAAAAGCGCGAAUUCCUCGAGAACCAGCGCGCAGCAAACCUUGCCCGAAUGGCUGAAAGUCAAGCCCAACUUCAAGCAACACGAGAAGCUUCCAGAGCGCUUCAAAUGCAACGCCACAUGCAGCAGACGUUCCCACCCGCCUCGCAGUACGGCCAGCCCGUUUCGCAGAUUAUUCCUGGUCCUUCUUAUCACGGGCAGAUGCAGUACGGAGCACAACCUGUUCCCGGGCAGCAACAAACGUUUUAUCCUCCACCGGGACAGGAUAUUCCGCCAGAAGGAUAUCAACAACAAAGCUAUCAUCAAUACGAUCCUCAAGCCCAGCCACAGAAUCCCCAAGGGCAUGGCGGCCCUCCCCAGCCUCAGAUGAUCCCCCAAGAGAUCCCCCAAAUGCCUCAAGUUCCUACUCACGAAGUUCCUCAACCCGCUCCAGCAGCACAAGCUCAGCCCCAGCCAGAGCCGGUUGAGGAAGCUCAACUAAUCUCCUUCGAUUAA